AUGCUCAGCUUUCUACAACAGGUCACUGGAGACUUGGCAAGGACUGCAGCUCAUAAACCUAUUCAUUUUAUUGUCGUACCUGCAUUGCUAGCCUCAAUUGCAUACUUGUCAAUUAUAGAUGAUUAUAUACCUGACUUGUCUUCGAUAACUAAUGAGAAUGGACUUAGUUAUUAUCAUGCUGCAGGACCUGGACUGAAAUUGAAUGAUUGGAUACCUGUAUCCCCAGAGGAGGUUGAAGCCAAGUAUCAAAGUGCCAAUCAAGUAACAUUGAUACCGUUGAGAUUUAGAAGAUUUCACGAUGCGAUUCCUAAAGUGCCCAAUUCAGUAAUUAUUAGUGGGAAUGAGCAAGUUCUUUUAGUGGACUCAAACAAAGUUGAAAGCGUGUUACUGGACACCAAGAGAAUCGAUAACGAUGGCAUCCAAUGGAAAGUAAGAAAUGAUCACAAGAUCGCUCGAUUUUAUGAUAGUUUGAAAUUUUUAAUUUAUAAGGUUCAGGAGUCAAUUAAAAAGGCAGAUAGGUUUGAUGUUGUUUUGAUUUUUGUGGCUUAUUUAGCAAUGUGGUACACCUUGAUCAAAGUGUUUUAUGACAUGAGACAGAUUGGGUCCAAGUUUUGGUUAGCGUUUUCCACAUUGGUGUCAUCGACGUUUGCAUUUUUGUUUGCAUUGGUGGUUUCCAACAAGGUUCUUCAAACCAAGGUAUCAUUUUUGAGUCUUUCUGAAGGUGUCCCAUUUCUUGUCGCAAUUAUUGGGUUCAAGCACAAGGUCUCAAUUGCCGGAUUGAUCCUGAAGUCGUCGACAGUUUCACCUGAUGAUGUUCCAGAUAUCGUAUCCCAAGCCGUUUCCUCCCACACAUUGAGUAUGUUCCGUGACCACUUGGUUGUUAUUGGUGCGAUGCUUGCAUGUGCCGCAUAUGGGAAUCACCUUACUGGAUUGCGAAAUUUCUGCAUUCUUGCCUCGUUGAUAUUGACAUUUGAUUUGGUCCUUGUUUACACCUUUUUCUCAGCAAUUUUGGGUUUAAAGAUUGAGAUCAAUAGGGCAAGAAGAACAGAUGAUUUGAAAGAUGCCUUGGAAGAGGAUGGAGUAUCGUCAUUGGUUGCUGAAAGGGUUGCUGAACAAUCUUCAUCGAUUGAUUACCCCAAUGAAACAAAUUUUUUUUCAUCAAAGGAUUACUCCAUUCUUUCAUUUAAAGUGGCAAUGAGUUUAGGUUUUAUUGCGUUUCAUGUAUUCUGGCUAGGCAGCUCAUGGUUGUACAACACUUCAGACGCUGGAAUCAAUUUCAACACAUUUGGCUCGAUUUUAGGAACUGCACCUUCAAUUUCAGAAUCUUUAUCCGGUGAAAUUCCAAUUGGAAAAUUUGGAACCGUGUUGACAAUUUUGCCCACAAGAUUCUACAUGCCAUCGGGUUUCUUUGCGCAAGUUGAAGAUUUUAUCUAUAUGGUAUUGAAUAAAAUCAGUGUUGCUAUUCAAGAUAGGUUGUUGUCCAAGGUAAUGGCAUUUUGCUUCGGUAUUUCCUUGGUUACGAAUAUCUAUUUCCUCAACGCUGCAAGGUAUCAGGUGAGCGCCACUUACAAGUUGCUUGAUAAGGAGAUGUCCCGUCCACAAGUUCGCACGUCAGUUUCUGAACCUACUACGGCUACAAUUGGUGACAUUGAAGAGUCAGAUGAUGAGGAUGUUGCAGCAGCAGAAACUACUACUCAGCUACCACUUGAGGAGUGUGUCAAGAUACUAAAAGAGGGCAACGUAAAGAGUUUGAGUAACGAAGAAGUGACUCUGUUGGUGGUGGGAGGAAAACUCCCACUAUACGCAUUGGAGAAACAAUUGGCAAGCAACAAGAGAGCGGUGGUUGUGCGUCGUAAAGCGAUUGCCAAGUUGGCAAAUGCUCCUGUUUUGGAAACCAAUCGUUUACCGUAUGCACAUUAUGAUUAUGAUAGAGUUUUCGGUGCUUGUUGUGAAAAUGUCAUUGGUUACAUGCCAAUACCAGUUGGUGUAGCAGGUCCCUUGAUCAUCGAUGGCAAGCCAUAUCACAUCCCAAUGGCUACAACUGAAGGAUGUCUAGUUGCAUCAACAAUGCGAGGCUGCAAAGCAAUCAAUGCUGGUGGUGGUGUUGAGACGGUGUUGACCAAGGAUGGAAUGACACGUGGACCAUGUGUUCGCUUCCCUACACUCUCUAGGGCUGGAGCUGCCAAAUUGUGGAUUGAUUCUGAAGAGGGUCAAAAAACAAUCAAGAAGGCGUUUAAUUCGACUUCCAGAUUUGCCCGUUUACAGCAUAUUCAAACGUCUUUAGCUGGAUGUUUAUUAUUUAUUCGUUUCAGAACUACAACUGGUGAUGCCAUGGGAAUGAAUAUGAUUUCAAAAGGUGUUGAGUACUCUUUAAAAUACAUGGUUGAAGAAUGCGGUUAUGAAGAUAUGGAAAUUAUUUCUGUAUCAGGAAACUAUUGUUCUGAUAAGAAGCCGGCAGCAAUCAAUUGGCUCGAAGGUAGAGGUAAGUCAAUUGUAGCUGAGGCUACAAUUCCAGCUGAUGUUGUUGCAAAAGUAUUGAAGUCUGAUGUGGAUGCUUUAGUGGAGUUGAACAUAAGUAAGAAUUUGGUUGGUUCAGCAAUGGCUGGGUCUGUUGGUGGGUUCAAUGCGCAUGCUUCCAAUUUAGUAACUGCGGUGUACUUGGCAUGUGGUCAGGAUCCAGCUCAAAAUGUUGAGAGUUCCAACUGUAUUACAUUGAUGAACAAGCAUAAAGUGACUGGUGAUUUACAGAUAUCUGUUAGUAUGCCAUCUAUUGAAGUCGGUACAAUCGGCGGAGGUACUAUAUUGGAACCACAAGGAGCAAUGUUGGACUUGUUAGGAGUACGUGGUCCACAUCCAACUAACCCAGGGGAUAAUGCGAGACAGUUGGCCAAGAUCGUUGCAUCAGCUGUAUUGGCAGCAGAGCUUUCUCUCUGUUCGGCAUUGGCAGCUGGCCAUUUAGUCCAAUCACACAUGCAACAUAACAGGGCUGGCGCUUCUCCUGCUUCGACAGCAGUCGUGACAGGCGGUGCUAAACCAAAUGGAAAAGUAAAUGAAUCGGAUUUAAGAAGAUUAAAAGAAGGCUCGGUUACAUGUAUAAAGUCGUGA